GGGCGGGGCUGCGCGCUGGCGUCACGCGCGGGGCGGGGCCGGGCGCGCGGCGGGGCUCGGCGCCACCAGCGCCUCCGCGGGCAGCGCGGGCCGGGCCCCGCCGGGCCGACCGGCAAAAUGCCAGCCCCUGAGCAGCCCCCGAUGGUGGAGGAGGGGCUGCCACGGACCACGCAGGAGGCUUCCACUGGCCCGGGCAUGGAACCAGAGACGACCGCCACUACCAUUUUAGCCUCUGUAAAGGAACAGGAGCUCCAAUUUCAAAGGCUUACCAGAGAACUGGAGGUGGAAAGGCAGAUUGUGGCUAAUCAGCUAGAAAGAUGUAGGCUUGGAGCAGAAUCACCAAGUAUCGCCAGCACAAGCUCCACUGAGAAGUCAUUUCCUUGGAGAUCAUCAGAUCCUCCAACCAGCAGUGUAAACAAGCCCCAGGGGUCAGAGAGCGUUCAUACCAAUGCUUAUGACAUUAGGACAGAGCCAGAACAAAGGAGCCUCUACUCACCAGAACAGACAUCUCUCCAUGAAAGUGAGGGGUCUGUAGGUAACUCCAGAAGUUCAACACAAAUGAAUUCUUAUUCCGACAGUGGUUACCAGGAAGUAAGCAGUUUCCAUAACAGCCAAAACUUGAGCAAAUCAGAAACCAGACAGCAGCAUUCCCUGGCAGGAACUGCUAACAGCCAUUUGGUGAGGAGCUCGCGAGCGGAAGGGCAGACAUCAGGCCAGCCCUCAGUGAAUAUCACUGCCAACCGAGUAAUGAGACGCGUCAGUUCAGUCCCAUCCCGAGCACAGUCUCCCUCUUACAUGGUCAGCACGGGCCUGUCCCCUUCCCGGGGCUCACUGCGAACAUCUGUGGGUAGCGGGUAUGGUUCUCCAUCAGUUACUGAGCAGAGACCCCUUCCUCCUCAUGCGUACUCGUCCACUACUCUGCCAACACAGCGGGCAGCAUCCCCGUACGCCACACAGAGACCUGCCUCCCCGACGACCGUGCGGCGCAUCGGCUCGGUGACAUCCCGACAGUUGGCAAAUCCCAACGGCGGGACCCCCCAAUACCAACAAUCAAUCAGAGUCGGCUCUCCUCUUGCCCUCGCUGAUGUACAAACCAGAGUAGGUUCUCCAUCCCAAACUCAGCUGGGAUCUUCUUCUCCAAAGCGUUCCGGCAUGACUGCAGUUCCGCAGCACGUGGGAGCAACGCUGCAAAGAACAAUGCAUGACAUGGAGCAGUACGGGCAGCAGUACGACAUAUACGAGAGGAUGGUCCCUCCACGCCCAGACAGCCUCACAGGCCUGCGGAGCUCAUAUGCAAGUCAGCACAGUCAGCUGGGACAAGAGCUGCGGUCAGCUGUGUCUCCGGACUUGCACAUCACCCCUAUCUACGAAGGCAGAACGUACUACAGCCCCGUGUACCGCAGUCCGAAUCACGGGAUGGUGGAGCUCCACCAGGGAUCACAGUCAGUGCUGUACCGCACAGGGUCAGCAGGAGUCGGAAAUCUGCAGCGAUCCUCCAGCCAGCGCAGCACGCUCACAUACCAAAGAAAUAAUUACGCUCUGAACACUGCAGCCACCUACGCGGAGCCCUACCGGUCGGUGCCGUAUCGGUUGUCGGAGUCCGGCUACAGCAGCAGGCUGCAGCACACAGCGCCCGCCGAUGAUGGCACCACGCGAUCCCCCUCCAUAGACAGCAUUCAGAAGGACCCCAGGCAAUUUGCGUGGCGAGAUCCGGAACUGCCUGAGGUCAUUCACAUGCUCCAACACCAGUUCCCGUCGGUCCAGGCAAACGCCGCUGCCUACCUUCAGCACCUGUGCUUCGGAGACAACAAAGUGAAAACAGAGGUAUGUAGGCUGGGUGGAAUCAAGCACCUCGUUGAUCUCCUGGAUCACAGAGUCCUGGAAGUGCAGAAGAACGCCUGUGGUGCACUAAGGAACCUCGUUUAUGGAAAGUCUACUGAUGAAAACAAAAUAGCAAUGAAGAAUGUUGGUGGGAUACCUGCCCUCUUACGACUGCUACGAAAAUCUGUUGAUGCUGAAAUCAAAGAGCUCGUAACAGGGGUCCUCUGGAACUUGUCUUCAUGCGAUGCAGUGAAGAUGACAAUCAUUAGAGAUGCUCUGUCAACACUAACAAAUGCCGUCAUAGUGCCACAUUCUGGGUGGAACAGUUCCUCCUUUGAUGAUGAUCAUAAAAUCAAGUUCCAGACUUCCCUGGUUCUACGCAAUACGACAGGAUGCCUGAGGAAUCUGAGCUCUGCCGGUGAGGAAGCCCGGAAGCAGAUGCGCUCUUGCGAGGGGCUGGUGGAUUCACUGCUCUACGUGAUCCACACGUGCGUGAACACGUCAGACUAUGACAGCAAGACAGUGGAGAACUGUGUGUGCACCUUGAGAAACCUUUCAUACCGUUUGGAGCUGGAGGUGCCUCAGGCACGGCUGCUGGGGAUCAAUGAACUGGACGACCUGUUAGGAAAAGAAUCGCCCAGCAAGGAUUCAGAGCCAAGCUGCUGGGGGAAGAAAAAGAAGAAGAAAAAAAAAACUUCACAGGAGGAUCAGUGGGAUGGAGUUGGCCCUAUACCAGGAUUUUCCAAGUCUCCAAAAGGGGUGGAAAUGCUGUGGCACCCCUCCGUGGUAAAGCCAUACCUAACGCUUCUAGCAGAGAGCUCGAACCCAGCGACUCUAGAGGGCUCUGCAGGAUCUCUCCAGAACCUUUCUGCGGGCAACUGGAAGUUUGCAGCGUACAUCCGAGCUGCCGUCAGGAAGGAGAAAGGGCUGCCAAUCCUCGUGGAGCUGCUGCGGAUGGAUAACGACAGAGUCGUCUCAUCUGUGGCCACUGCCUUAAGGAACAUGGCGUUAGACGUCCGUAACAAGGAGCUCAUUGGUAAAUAUGCCAUGCGAGACCUGGUGAACCGGCUCCCAGGAGGGAAUGGUCCGAGCAUACUGUCAGAUGAGACCGUGGCGGCGAUCUGCUGCGCCCUGCAUGAGGUCACCAGUAAAAACAUGGAAAAUGCCAAAGCCCUCGCCGAUACCGGAGGAAUCGAGAAGCUGGUGAACAUAACGAAAGGAAGAGGUGACAGGUCGUCACUGAAAGUAGUCAAGGCCGCAGCCCAGGUGCUGAACACGCUGUGGCAGUACCGGGAUCUCCGCAGCAUUUAUAAAAAGGAUGGAUGGAAUCAAAGUCAUUUCAUCACACCAGUAUCAACACUAGAGCGAGACAGAUUCAAGUCUCAUCCUUCUUUAUCAACCACAAACCAACAGAUGUCACCUGUCAUACAGUCAGUGGGCAGCACAUCCUCAUCGCCGGCUUUAUUAGGAAUUAGAGAACCCCGCUCGGAAUACGAUAGAACGCAACCUUCUAUGCAGUAUUACAGUAACCAAGGCGAUGUCAUUGCACAUAAAGACAUAUACACAGGUUCCAGCAAGCCUUCACCAGUCUACAUCAGUUCCUAUUCUUCACCAGCAAGGGAACAGAACCGACGGCUGCAGCAUCAGCAGUUGUACUACAGUCAGGAGGACACCAACAGAAAAAACUACGAUGCCUACCGGCUGUACUUGCAGUCCCCACACAGCUACGAAGAUCCCUACUUCGACGACCGAGUCCACUUCCCUGCUGCUGCGGACUACACAACGCCGUACGGACUGAAAUCAGCCACCAACUACGUAGACUUUUAUUCCACGCGAUGUUCCUCUUACAGAGCGGAGCAGUACCCGGGCUCGCCCGACUCCUGGGUGUAGCGUUGGGGAGGGAAACGACAGCGUGCUCCUUGUCUCACUCCAAAAGAAAUGGAAUGACCGCACUCGCCAGUUCGGUUGUGAAAUGUGCAAGUGAAAGGAAAGAAGGAACGAGGAAGGGUUUUCUAAUUUUUUUUUUUUUAUUUUGAGUGAGGAAUUGUCAGGAAGAAACACUGGAAGGGCUGGGUUUGCUCUGCUUAGGUGUUAGCUGUAACUACUUGUAGCCUCUAGUUUGGUGAGGGUGUGGGCGACGUGAUGAAAGGUUUGAGAAUCGAUUAAAAUGAAUUUGGGGAGCUUGUAGGUCAGAGCAAAUUAAAGCUGAUUUUUUUUUUUAAUCUGAAUAAAAGUCUUGUUCUGAUAGUUUGUACAGAAAAAAAUCAAAUGGAUGCCCUUGUUUUAUUGCUAUUACUAAAUGUCAGGAUUAUAUGCUACUACGUCUUGUACAUUUCUGCCGUUGGUGUAAAUAUGGCGAUGCCACGCUGAUUCCAAGUGCCAUCCAUGUGUAUCGAGUGUGUCGUUCUACAGGAAUUGAGACAUCGUGUGCAAAUAGAAACCCAAGAAAAUGUUAUAAAUUUUAAAAGGAAAAAAAAAAAAACUUCUAAGAGUGAGCAAUGUGCAAAGAAAGUACAGAAGUGAGAAGAAGCACAAGAUCCAGUCCGGUCGAUCUCCACCUCCCAUUCCCUGCCUAUUUCAUAAGAAACUUCACUGCCAUUUUCUAUGCACAUGGAAUAACAAUAAAUAUGGAAGU